AUGGCUCAGGAUGAAAUUGACCGAACGCAACCCGAGGUCACCCGUCUUAUCUCGAGUCAUGAGGCGAAACCUUGCCGUGCAUUGUUUGGGGAUGUAGAACGCCUACCGACAGAGCUUCGUAAGAUGAUCAAUGGGUUCAUCUGGCAGGAUCAACGCGUCCAGCUGGACACUUAUAAGAAGGAUCCAGAGAACCCCACCAUCGUUCUUUCCACAACGGAACGGAAUAAAAGAACGCGUUGGCCUUACGACUGCCUACUGAAGCCCGACUACUUCACCACCGACGAUCCAACAAGGCUCGAGCUAGUCAAAGCGUGGUACGAGUCCAGUACCUUCCUUGUCAAGAAUCCCGCCCUCAUCGAUAGGUCUCUCGAAAAGUUUCGUUGGGGCUCCAACCUGAGACCGCUCGAAUACAUCAAAAAAUUCGAGAUGAACGUACGGAUUACUGGAGACACUGCUGAGCAGGCGGAAAUGGCGCGAAAAGUGCAGUUGCUCGCACUAAAUGUAGAUCGAUCCGCUACCAUGACGAUCAUCCUGGAGAAUCUUCAAGAGCGUGUGCAAGCGGGUGAUUCAGUGGAGGAUUAUAUGAGAAAUGCGGCAUGCAUGUUUCCCAUAUUGGAGAAUUUGACACAGCCACACGUGGGAUUCAAGUUCAUAGUCCGUUCCAGGUUGGGCAGGUGCAACGUUAAGUUUGCGGUAGUACACGAGGAGAUUACUGUACAAGAUUGGACUGAUAAGGUCGAGGAGGCGACGCGCGGAUUCGCGGCUACAUCAAAGCAUGAAAAACCAAGUGUCGCUGGGGAGAAUACUGUAUCCGCCACUGUCGACGAAGACCGGGAGUAUCUUCAGACCGCGUUGAAGAAGCUCAAAGUCCUCAAGCGAAUUAUAGACGCGCGAGUCGGAGAAUUGAAUGCCGAGAAUCACAUCUUCUGUCUACGCAACAGUUUUCCAGUCAAGGAGCCUUCUCACGAAACCGGUCGAUACCAACGGAUGUUCAGACUCCAGGAAGAAGCCCGGAAUAUUGCUAGUGAGAUCGAUCGCCGUAUGCAGCGCUAUGCAGCGGCGCAGUGUCUCCCUAUCUGCACUAUGGUCUGCAACAAAUUACCCCGCGAGCUUCGCGACAUGAUAUACCAAUACAUCAUUGGGGAGUCGAUCGUGAGGAUUGAUAAGGAGGUACUGAAAUCUUUCCUCUUUUGUUCCGAAAUCGGUGUCAAGCCCAUGCUCCCCGCAGGAUUCACGAAUCGCACCAACAUUGCCUACGAGCACCUCUGGGAUCAAGACUACUCCGGCAAGCUCUUCUACUCCGAGCUUAUCGAGGCCUGGUACCGCAAUACAAUGUUCUCCUUCGUCGAAUGUCGUCUCGUCCCUGACUUCCUCAACAAUCCGCGCUUCGGCUACGGUGUACUACCGCGAGAAUGGGUGCGCAAGAUCAAAAUCAUCAGGAUUACAACAACGGAGAGCGUCCUCUCUAUAUACAAGGGAGAAGAGAAGGCAUAUAACAUCAAGACCGGCGAUCUCGAUAAUCUCAAAGAUCUGCCUAAGCUGACGCGUGUCACGUUUGACUUUGACGCAGCCUUUUCGUCACUCCCCACGUAUCACGACAACUAUAGGCGAUUUGUAUUAACGGAUCUGAAGGAGAUGUUUCCAAAGAUUCAAGAUCUAAUAGAUAGGGAGUGUAGGGUAUCGGUAGUGUUCUCCAGUAUGGGGCCGCUCGAAAUGCGAAGGGAUGAGCUUACUUCUCGAAUAUGGGAGGAUAAGCUGGAGGCUAUCAGGCCUGAUUAG